CAUGGGCUACUCUGCUAAGUAGGUAUAUACUCAGCUUCCGCGUAUUCUUAUUUAUCUUAUUUUUAAAAAUUUUUUCAAAAUAUAGUCUAUGUGUUCUCGUCGGUGUUCCGCGGCGUCGACUUUUCUCCGUGUAACUUUCACUUCUCUCUCGUCUCAUUAAAAAAAAAAAAAAACGGUGGGGUAUUUAUGUACGAUUCGUCAUUGCAGUUCGCGUGUGUAGUACAUCGUCGGAGCGGGAUAAUGUUGACUUUGAAACGUUCGUCGUCUCUCAAGCUGUUCGGUGGUCUGUUACGCUAUUUGUAACCGUAGUAGAUUCAAUUCAGUUCGUCUUUGAAGAUGUCGACGACGAUUUAAAAUUUACGAAGACGCAGCUGUUGAUAUGGUAAAAUUAGUUCAUCGCCCUCGUUAAAUGAAUUAUUAUCGUUCGCAUUCGGCUACCGUGAUUCGUAUUUUGUAAAAUCGCAUCUCUAACGUUUUUUUUCUUUUUCGCUGUUGCACAUCAUAAAUAUUAUUUCUUGUUCGGCGCGGUGUAAUAACGUGUUCAAGUCGUAGAUCGACAUCGUAUCGCAAGUUAAUUUUCAACUUGACAUGUUCGCGUUGAUUAAUUUGUCGUCCAGAGUUUCGUGAUUUAUAUUUCUGACUUCAUGGUAUUUUUCAAAAAAACCAAAGCUCCCGAUAUGUCUGCCGGUAAAUAUGUUCCUUUGACGAGAAACGGCACUGCAUCAUCGUCUGCUGUAAACACCACCGAAGUUACUACCAAGUCAAAGGAUAAGUCAAAUAAAUUGGAUGAUUUCAAUAUCGUUAGAACUAUAGGAACUGGCACCUUCGGACGUGUCUUAUUAUGUCAAGAAAAAACCACUAAUAAAUUCUACGCGAUGAAAAUUCUAUCCAUAGCAGACGUGAUCAGACUAAAACAAACAGAACACGUUAAAAACGAGAAAAAUAUCCUAUUAGAGAUCAAUCAUCCUAUUUUAGUCACGCUGAAUUGGCAUUGGCACGAUUCCAGAAAUUUAUAUAUGAUCUUAGAUUAUGUAUGCGGAGGUGAAUUAUUUUCAUAUCUCAGGAACUCAGGCAGAUUCACGUCGAGUGCAGGUAAUUUCUACGCGGCCGAAAUAGUCAUCGCCUUAGAUUAUUUACAUUCGAAAGGAAUCGUGUAUAGAGACCUGAAACCGGAAAAUUUAUUAUUGGAUAGAGAAGGCCAUUUGAAAAUUACUGAUUUCGGUUUCGCCAAGAAGUUAACCGACAGAACGUGGACUCUGUGUGGUACGCCUGAAUACUUGGCUCCUGAAAUAAUACAAUCCAAAGGACACAAUAAGGCUGUCGAUUGGUGGGCUUUAGGCGUGCUGAUUUACGAAAUGCUAGUCGGAUACCCACCUUUCUUCGACGAUAAUCCGUUCGGCAUUUACGAAAAAAUUCUAGCCGGUAAAAUCGAAUGGAACAGAUUCAUCGAUCCCAUCGCGAAAGAUCUUAUUAAAAAACUUCUCGUUCAAGAUCGUACGAAACGACUUGGCAACAUGAAGAACGGCGCCGACGACGUAAAACGACACAGAUGGUUCAAACACGUCGAUUGGAAAGACGUCUAUCAUAAAAGAUUAAAGCCACCAAUCGUACCCAGAAUAUCAUUCGAAGGAGAUACGCGUAACUUUGACGAAUAUCCCGAAAUUGACUGGAAAGACGCGCCGUUUGUUGGUGAAGAAGAACAGAAGGUUUUUGAAGAUUUUUGAUCAUCUCGCCGUAGUUCCUCAUUUUGCGAUUUUAAACCAUAGGUUUAAAAAACGUGUUUUUAUAUUUACGAUUUAUCUCCCUUUCCCUCCCUGCCUUUAUACUAUUUAUUCGUUUUAAUAUAAUAUUUCUUGUAUAUAUUGAAGAUUAAUAAUCGUUUGAUUUUUUU